AUGCCCCUCGGCGAGCUCGUCAAUGGCGCAACGCGCAACCUACAGCCUGCUUCCCGAAGUUGCCUGCUUCCCGAAGUUUCCUUCGGCAAGAACAGGCCGAACUCAUGGUUUGCAUGCUCUCUUUGGAGGCAAUCCAGCCAGUCAAGAUCGAGCUACCGUGAGAUCACCACCGAGCUGCCCAUACUGCCGAGCAGCAUUGAUGCUAUGGCCCUUGUAGCCUGCUCGUACAGUUUGUGGCUCACCACCUUUUUGGAUCUUCUUAUUGGGCUUUUGUCUGGCUCUUUGAGAAGCCGCAUGAAAGCGUAUCCUGGGAUCGGGACUAUUACUAUAGGUGCGACAGACACGAAUUCGGUGACUGGCGAGAGGAAUCUCUACAACAAAUAUGCUUCUUUGUCGUGCCACCCUCUGCGCUUUAGUUGCUAUCGAACACCGGCAGCUCAGAAAUCCCGGCUUGAGUUCCACCCUUUGGUCACGAACGGGCGCAACAUGAGCGUUAUCACUGACAGUGAGGAGCUAGGUGUUAUAGCUCGCAAUCGGGGUUUCAAAGCAGCAGCCAUCAGACUGAAGCAAACCGCGUCCUCCAGAGGCGCCCAGACCAUUCCUGAACUUAUCGACUACAACGCGAGAGUCAAUCCUGAUGCAUGUUUCUGCGUCCAGGCUGUGAAGCCCGUAGGCGCGCGGCCCAGAAAUUAUGUCAUCUUCACCAUGCGCCAGUUGCGCUAUGCAGUACUUUGGUGCUCCAAGGAGCUACGCGCGUGUCUGACUGGCCUGGAAAUCACUAAUGUCAGCGCGGAGACCGUACCAGGGCCGGAUCAUACUUUCCAUGUCAGACCCGACCCGGUAGCCCUCUUUAUGGACAGCGACAUCAGUCUUCUAGUGUACUUGUUCUCUCUGCUGGCUCUGGGCGUCCCCGUCGCCCUGGUGUCGAUUCGUCUGAACCCGGCAUCCAUUCAACAUCUUCUCACAGUCGUCAAGGCACAGACCGUGAUAACGUCUCCCCGGCUCGUCAGGACCGUUGAGUCGGCCUUCGACACAACACGCACGACAUACGGUCUUGGUGCAGCUAGCGUACACAUCGCCACCGAUUUUCAGUCGCCGAAUCCAGGCCCUGCAAAUGUCGAACCUAGUCCUCUUGAUGCCACCAUCUGCAGUCCGGGCCACUUUGUUACCGGUGAGGAUCGUAAUGUGGUCAUCUUGCACACGUCCGGAAGUACUGGCCUUCCGAAGCCGAUCCACCAUUCGCACAAGAUGCUGCUUGGGUAUGCCAGCUGCUACCGUCGCACAGGGGCGGAAGAUAUGGGAGGGCUCAACUUGUCCAUGCUACCAUUGUAUCAUGGCUUUGGGUUGGUGGUCGCUUGUCUAGCACUAGGUAUCGGAAAGCCUCUCCUGUUGCCGCCGUCACCUGAAGUGCCGACCGCCUCUUUGACGGCGGCACUGAUCCGAAGAUAUAGAUAUGGUAGACGGAAAAUCAGUUAUGCGAAAUCAGAGGUCAAAGCGAAAGAGUGGGCCCGACUGGCCAAUCAGGACAGUGCAAGCUAUUGUAAUAUAAUGUAUACCAAUGGAAUUCUUUCGCUGCUCGGCCAUGAGACCACAUUCUGUUUGGAGAAGUGGACUUCCCUUUUGUGA